AUGGCCCCCCAACCUCAUCAUAGUCAUCGGGGUGGCGGUCGUGGCAGCUUUCAGGGCAGUAACAACAACCAAAAUAAUGGCUUUAACUACCCUGGCGACUGGUCGCCAAAAGGGUCACCGCACCCUACCAGCACUGGAGGUCGUGGAGGUUACAAAGGCAAGAACUUUGAUCCCGGCCACCAUAAACGAUUCAGCAGUCAACAAGGUUUGGUUCCUGACGGCGGUAACACCCCACAACCGUUCGUGAACCGAGACGGCAAUGGGGCUAACAGCGGUGGCAGUUACAAGGGUAGAAACUUCGACCCGGACUAUCAGAACCGUGUCAAAAGCCAGCACGCUUCGCACCACAGCGGCAAUCAUGGCCAAGCCACCGCAGGUAACCACCCCUUCCAGUUGUCCCCUGACCAGCCCAGCGGUCCCCGUAACCGUUCAAACAAGAAACGUAGCCGUAGGGAUCGCCAGAACUUGGGCGGCAGGCAAGAUCCAUACUUCCACCGGAAGCGCCGUUUGGACCAAAGCGCGGACACCUGGAUGUGUGAGUGCCAGACGCCGCCGACGGAGUGCCACGAGGCGCUGAUGAGGGAGUACCUGACCAUGGGUAACGAGAACCGGCAGGUACUCGCGCAGCACGAACACGCGACCGAGGUCAUGAAAUGUACGAUCGAGCACUUCCUCCAGUCGAACCCGCACCUCCGACAGAGCAUGGAAGAGUGCUACAAGAACGUGGAACAGCAGAUCAUCCAGCAGGAGUUCGAGCAACUCCAGGAUCUCCUUCCUGAUGUUCCGGAGCCACAGGUGCCGGUGGCAGACAUGUUCAGUCAUGAUUGA